AUGAAGGCUCUUUCACUUUGGCUUGUAACAUGUACAGCUGUUUCUGGAGCUCUUCCCAUCCACCCAGAGAAAUACAAUGAAGAAGAUGCAAAGCUUGUACAGAACUAUUUGAAUAAAUUUUAUGCUGUUGAGCCAGUUCCAGAUGAACUUGGAUGGAAAAUAAAUGCUGAAUCCGCAGCUGAAAAACUUCAGAAAAUGCAACGAUUUUUUGGUUUGAAAGUGACUGAAAAACUGGAUAAUGAGACAUUGGAAAUGAUGAAGAAACCCAGGUGUGGAGUUCCAGAUGUGGGUCUCUAUGGCUUCACCCUGCCCGGAUGGAAAAAAACCAAACUGACAUACAGAAUUGUAAACUACACACCAGAUAUGAGCAAGGAGGAUGUGGAUAAAGCAGUUGAGAAGGCAUUUAAAGUGUGGAGUGCUGUCACCCCACUGAUUUUCACUCGAAUUCAUAAGGGAAUAUCAGAUAUAAUGAUUGCUUUUGGGACCAAAGUUCAUGGACAUUGCCCUCGCUAUUUUGAUGGCCCCCUUGGCGUUCUUGCUCAUGCCUUUCCACCUGGCACUGGUUUAGGCGGUGAUGUGCACUUUGACGAGGAUGAAGACUGGACCACAGGCUCAGCUGGGUUCAACUUGUUCCUUGUUGCUGCUCAUGAGUUUGGCCAUGCCCUGGGUCUCUCCCAUUCUAAUGAUCAGAGGGCUCUCAUGUUCCCCAAUUAUGCCUAUGUCAGCCCCAGUGAAUUUCCCCUCUCUCCAGAUGAUAUAAGUGGCAUUCAGUCUAUUUAUGGACCCCCACCAAAUGCCCCAGAUAAAAGGCCAGCCACCCCUACCUCACCUAAAAUCUGUGGCUCCCAGAUAUCUUUCGAUGCUAUAACUACACUCCGACAAGAAGUCAUUUUUCUAAAGGGCAGGCACUUAUGGAGGGUAUAUCCCGAUAACUCACAAGCUGAACGUGAAUUAAUUUCUGCCUUCUGGCCAAAUCUGCCUCCUGGCAUUGAAGCUGCAUAUGAGAACACAAAAGAUCAGAUCCUACUUUUCAAAGGCAACAAAUUCUGGGUUAUCAGUGGAUAUCAGGUGUUGUUCGGUUAUCCAAAGAAUAUCAACACACUGGGCUUCCCUAAAGGUGUCAAGAAAGUUGACGCAGCUGCUUGUAAUAGAAAUACAGGGAAAACAUACUUUUUCAUAGGUGACAAGUACUGGAGGUUUGAUGAAAACAGCCAGUCCAUGGAGAAGGUAUAUCCUAGACCAACAGUCGAUGAAUUUCCAGGAAUUAAUCAGAGGGUUGAUGCUGUUUUUCAACAGAAAGGAUUGUUCUACUUCUUCCAUGGAUCAAAACAGUGGGAGUUUGACCCUAUUGCUAAAAAAGUUAUCAGAGAAAUGAAGAGUAACAGCUGGUUUAACUGUUAG